AUGGACGUCUUAUAAAAAAUACUCAAAACCUAGGGAACCAAUGUAACUGCCAUUGAUUUGGAAUUCAAGUAUUUUCAACUUUAAUGUAUAAAGAUAAAUCUAGAAUUUGGAGGAACUUAUGCCUUAAUUAGCAAAUUUUAGCAAUUUAAAAGAAGUAAUCAAUUCAAUAAAGAAUAAAGCUAAAUCUUAAUGGAAAUCGUCUAACUAAUUUACCAGAUGAUUUGGAAUUAUUAGAUACUGUAGAAGUCUUGUGUUUGACAAAUAACAUCUUUACCGAUGUAACUUUAUAUAAUCUUAAAUCAUAUUCAGUUAGGAUAAGUAGUGGAAGCUUUGUAAACAAUGCCUAAUUUAAUUUAACUUGAAAUAAGUCUAUCUUCAAAAGAAGAGGAGUAAUUUAUAAUUGAAUCACUUCCAAAUCUAUAAAUUUUGAAUUCCUAAAAAAUAAAUUAAGACUAAGAACCUGUUGAUGAAACUUCCGAAUAAUAAAGUCAAUAAUAAUCAGAGAGAUCUAUGAGUGCUCAGUAAGAAAUUACACUUUAAUAAUAUGAUCUUGAAUAAAUGGCAGUAUUUCUAUAUUAGUAUACUAGAUUUUAUAUGAUAAUAUCAGAGAAUAUAAAAAAGAUGAAUAAGAUGAUAAACUUUUUGAUUAAUAGAUUAGAACAAUCAUGUUAGAUUUAUAAUCUAAAGUAAAGUAAAAUAACCCAGAUCAUUUAACAAAUUUAUAUAUCUUAACAGUAUCUAUUUAAUUUAAUAUAGGCUAAAUAUAAUUUAUAUGAAAUUUGUUUUAAAUCUAUUCUUAAAUAUUUCAAAUCAAAUGAAAAGAAAUUAGAUUUAAUAUUUAGUAAAAUUCAUGAUAUGCAUUUAUCUAUUUUUAAUGAUAUGAGCAAUGUUAUAUAAAAUGUAAAACCAUCUUCUAAAAAUACUUCAUAAUUAUAGAUUAACUAAAAAUAAUUAGAUUAAUCCUAAUAAUAGUAAGUAGAUAAAAGUGUUGAAAAUAGACUUAGAUAAGAAUUAAAAGAAUUAUAGUAAAUAAAUAAUGAAUUAGAGAGUGAAAAUAAAAGAUAUUUAGAUUUAUUAAUAAAGCAUUCAAAAGGUGAAAAAGUUUCAUUGUCAAAUAAUGAAAAUAAUUAAAAAUAAUAAGAUACUUAUUAAACUUAAGUUUAUACAAAGAAUUCUCAAUAACAUAAUAAUUAAAUAUUUUAAUCAAAAUAAUCAUAAUAAGUUAAUUCUAUACCAUAAUAAGUUAAUGUUAGAAAUUUAACUCUUAAAUAAUUAAAGGAUGUCAUAAAUGAAAUUUAUGAAAGUAAACAAAAAUUUGAUUAAAAAUGUACUGAUUCUAAAUUGCCUAGAGAAACUAUGGAAUAGCAUAUGUAUACAUUUUUAAAUCAAAAAUAUGGACUAAAAAAUCUUAUUAUUGAAUGGGCAACUUCGAUAAUAAAUUCUCUUAAGAAAUAUGCUGCUGAAGAUAAUGAUAUAGCUGUAUUUGGUAAGAUUUUAAGGAAUGAAUGUGAUGAAGAAUUUCGAUUUGUAUAAACUCAAGUAAAGAAUACAAUGUAGGAAUUAUUGAAAGUAUUUUAGUAACUUGAUGAUAAUUUUAGAUGUAUUUAAGAGGAAAACAUCCAUUGAAACAUCAAGCUGAAAUUAAAGAGAUGCUUAAUUAAAGAAUUAAUGGAUAAUUAUAUGAAGAAGAGGCAGUUGACAUUAUUAAAUAUAUGUACAAUUAAGAGGACUCAGAAUUAUUAUUAGAUAAAUUGAAAUAAUAUUAUAUUGUUCCACAAAAACCAAAUGAUAGAAGACUUACUAGAGAAGAAUAAUUAAUUUAAUUAUAAGAGAAAGAUAAAUACAAAUUAGAAUAUUAGGUAUUUCAAAAAAUAAUUUUGGACUUUUAACUUAAAUCUCAUGAAAAGUAUUUAAAAAAAUUUAUUGUAAUUUUCAAAGAAAUGGAUACAGAUCUAAAUGGAAUAAUUGAUGAAGUAUUAAUUAAAUUAAAUUAUUUAUAGAAUGAAUUUAGAAAUUUAAUAGAUGUUUUGAAUUUUGAUGCUAGUGAUUUAGAUAUUUAAAGAUAUUUGAAUAUUAUAGAUCCUUAUAGUCAUUAAUAGAUAACAUUUUCAUAAUGUGUUACACUAUUUUCAUCUGAAUCUGUUCCAGGAUCAAAUGGAUAAAUGUAAAUACUUUAAAGAAUUUCAGAAUUAUGA